CAAGAAGAGUGGGGGUGGGCUCUCUUUCGGAGUACCGACAUUCUCCCGAAAUAGCAGGAGAGAGGGCUGGGAAAACAGCCGUUGCACUGGGAUUGCAACACUGACUGUCCUGUUGCUACCUCUCAACUGCGUGAGCUCCUCCAGUUAUAUUUGAGUCGGGAAACUCAUCGUGGGGACAUGACUGGUCGACGUUUGAGCAUUCAGCCUUAGAAGAGGAAAAUCCCUGAUUCUCUUUUGUGACCCUUGUUCUCUUGAAGACAACAGGUGCAGUAAAUCUCCACAUUAAGGCAGAAUGAGAGAGAAGCUGGCUGCCAUGUCACGAUCGCUGUGCCCCGGCUCGCAGGCCGAGGCCAGCGACGACCUAAAGACACCGAACGGCGGCGAAGAAAAGAUGCAAAUGAAGCGCGAGAUUUCCCUCCCCAAUGGCAUCUGCCUCAUCGUGGGCAACAUGAUUGGCUCUGGAAUCUUUGUCUCGCCUAAAGGCGUCCUCAUGCACAGCGGCUCUUACGGGCUAUCGCUAGUCAUCUGGGCUCUCGGCGGCAUCUUUUCCGUUUUCGGAGCACUGUGCUAUGCAGAGCUUGGAACCACGAUCACCAAAUCGGGCGCUAGUUACGCCUACAUCCUGGAGUCGUUUGGCGGUUUCCUAGCUUUUAUCAGGCUGUGGACGUCCAUCCUGCUCAUUGAGCCGGCCAGCCAGGCGGUCAUCUCGCUGACCUUCGCCAACUAUCUAGUGGAGGCGUGGUACCCCACCUGCCAGCCACCCUACGACGCCAUCCGCCUCAUUGCUGCCGCCUGCAUCUGCAUGCUUAUCUUUGUAAACUGUGCCUAUGUUAAGUGGGGAACCAUGGUCCAGGAUCUGUUCACCUACGCCAAGCUCAUGUCACUCAUCCUCAUCAUCAUUAUAGGUAUCAUGAAGAUAGCCAAAGGAGAAACUCAGAACUUUCAGAAUCCGUUUGAGGGUUCCUCCACGGAGCCUGGGUCUAUAGCUCUGGCCCUCUACUCUGCUUUGUUCUCCUACUCUGGCUGGGACACACUCAACUUUGUCACAGAGGAGAUCCAGAACCCAGAGAGGAACCUGCCUCUGGCCAUUGCCAUCUCCAUGCCCAUUGUGACCAUCAUCUACCUGCUGACCAAUGUGGCCUAUUACGUGGCUCUGGACAUGUCCUCUCUACUAGCCAGUGACGCUGUCGCCGUGACUUUUGGAAAUGCGGUCCUGGGACCGUUCAAAUGGAUCAUUCCCAUUUCCGUGGCCAUGUCCUGCUAUGGAGGACUCAACGCCUCCAUCAUCGCUGCCUCCAGGUUGUUUUUCGUGGGGGCGAGAGAGGGACACCUUCCAAACAGUCUGGGUAUGAUUCAGGCGGAGCGCUACACACCUGUCCCCGCCCUCAUAUUCAACGGGUUGAUGGGCUUGAUCUUUCUGUGCGUGGAGGACGUGUUCCAGCUCAUCAACUACUUCAGCUUCAGCUACUGGCUCUAUGUGGGCCUGUCUGUGGCCGGCCUCAUCUACCUGCGCUUCACUCAGCCAGACAGACACAGACCUGUUAAGCUCUCCCUGUUCUUUCCCUUCGUUUACUGCCUGUGCAGUCUGUUCCUGGUCAUCGUCCCUCUGUACAGCGAUACCAUUAACUCCCUCAUAGGGAUCGGCAUCGCCCUGUCUGGAGUGCCUGUUUACUACGUGGCCAUAUACCUGCCUGAGGACAGGAGGCCCAAGUUUAUAUGCAGAGUAAAUGAACAGCCUCAAUACCCCGGGACAUGGGACUCUACAAGGUGUCGGAAGCGUUCCACAGGGAUGCUGGCCAAUGUUGACUCCAAUGCUUCCAACAGUUGUGUCAAGUUGGCUGGAUGUCUUUUGGGUGGUGGACCAUUCUUGAUACACACGGGAAACUGUUGAGCGUGAAAAACUCUGCAGCAUCUGGCACCUACUACCGUACCCCGUUCAAAGGCACUAUAUUUUGUCUUGCCUAUUCACCCUCUCUGAAUGGCACACAUACACAGUCCAUGUCUCAAUUGUCUCAAGCUUAGAAAUCCUUCUUUAACCUGCUUCCUCCCCUUCAUCUACACGGAUUCAAGUGGAUUUAACAGGUGACAUCAAGUGAUCAUCAUGGAUUCACCUGAUCAGUCUAUGUCAUGGAAAGAGUAGGUGUCCUUAAUGUUUUGUACACUCAGUGUAUUUACUAUUGAUGGUGAAGGGAAGGAUAAAUAACUCCCUUUGGUGUUUUCAGAAGGUUAUCAUCACUGUAGCAACCACAGCUCUGUCUGUUACAAAUUGUUUGUUGUGCAUCCUAUCCAUGUUGACCAGUGAACAACAAGUCCUCUGAGUGUAAUUUGAUUAGACUGUUUUUAGACUCAGUGGUUUGAUUUUGGCUGUGGAUCUGGGGACUAGGAGUAUAUCAUUAAAUGUGGUUCAGGGAAAUGUUUAGUCAGUCCACAAUAUCACACUUUGUCCCUGAGCUUAUCAAGCCCCGAUGUGACUUAUAGUAGUCUGGUGUAUCACAUGAAAGAAACCACACAUCAAAAUGUAUUUAGGCUUUUCCAACAUAAACUCUGCCUGACUACUUGUUUACAUCUCUCUCCCCUCUCCUUGCCAGCCUGGGUCACCAAAUACACCCAGAUCGUGUUGUACUGCUGUCUGACUGAACUUGAUGUGGAACCAGAGAAGCGAGAAGACAGCAAAGCUCA